AAAUUUAAACGUCACCGCCCUUGUUGUUAGUGUUUGGAGACACGUGAUCCUGCCGUUACAGAAUCGACUGGCCUUUUCUGUGUAAGAAGAUUGUCAAUACUAUAAACCAAAACAUGAACGCGAGGUCUAUGUCAAAAGCUGAGCUGAUAGCGGCGAUCUCCUUGACAGCAGGAGCAGCUGCUAUUGGGUACAUGGCCUAUAAAACAUUUAUGUCCAAAGAAAAGUGCUGUAAGACCCGGGUCAAUCUAGAAAUCCAGAAGGACAACCCUAAGGUAGUUCAUGCCUUUGACAUUGAAGACCUGGGAGACAAGGCAGUAUACUGCCGCUGCUGGAGGUCUAAAAAGUUCCCAUUAUGUGAUGGAUCCCACACAAAGCACAAUGAAGACACCGGCGAUAACGUUGGGCCUCUCAUCAUAAAGAAAAAAGAAGCUUGAAGGAUCGUGUAUGCACCAUCAUAAGAAUGUAGCUAAAAAGAUGCAAAUGUUAUUGCUUAUAGAGAUAUACCUUUAUGAAUACUAAUUUUAGUUAUCCAUUCAGUCCACAGCAUGCCAUAGUAUGUAUAUUGUAUGGCAACUCCUUGUUCUUGUAUUAACACUACAUAAGCAGUGAUUCUGUCAUAAUUUGUCCCACCCUGAUUCAAUACAAAUUAUCUCAGAUUCUGUGGGCCAGGUUGCCAUUGUUGUUGAUGGUCAAAUCAAAUGUAGAAUAAUAUUGAUAAUAUAUGCUUUUUGGUGGGUUUUAAACUGUCAGUCCAAUGAAAUUACUUUUUCAGCUGGUUGGAUGGUGUUUCCUGUAAAUGUUAUCUGGUUGUCUGAACACCUUUACAUUUCUGUUUUGCUUCCUGAAUUGUACCAGGUAUUUACUCCCUCUUACUGUGUUCAGGAGGAGCAAGGCCAUGCCUUUUGGCUUAGGGAGUGACUUUGUGAUGCACACUUUUAAAAUAUGAAGGGUGCCUUGGAAUGUUGUCAAACCAGAAAGCUCUACUUUCUGAACCUGUAGAACGAGGACAAAGCUAGUUCUGAAUAAUGCAGUAAACAGAAACUGAGGAAUUAUAGUUUAGUGUAAAACUCAACGUGAUUGUGAGACAUUGCUAGGGACAAGUCAAGAAAACACUUUGGGAUAAUUCUAUGAACAUAUAUGUAUGGUUAUUUUUGAGAAUUAUUCUAUUUAUUCCCAUGUAUCCUUCAAAUUAUUGUUUUGUCUAAAACUGAGAACAUUUCCAUACUGCCUUCUGAAUAGUGUGAUAUUGUUUCAAUGAGGUGGACACUACUUAAUAUGUAUUCAGUUAAACACAGCUUAAAAGCUACUUGUAAACCAGUGUCUCUAGUACCUGUAAGAGAAAUCCAAAAGACAAUCACAGAACUAAUUGGUAACCUGGUAUUUGGUAUCCUGGUAACCUGGCAACCAGAUUUUUUUUUUUUUACGUGUAUAACAGUAAAAUUGGAUGGCUAUUGCAAUAUAUAUAUAUGGACAUGAUUGUAUAUCAUAUAGUGUCAUUGAGAGUUUUUUCGAGGUUACUUGAAUAAUACUGUAUUUUAUUGGAUGAAAUAUUUCUUCAUUGAAAAAGGGAAACACAAUGCCUUAGUAACGAUGGAAGUGGGUUUGUUGUUUGGCAUAUGCAUAACUAAUAGGGGAUUGGUCAAAGUCAUUGGUUUUUGAUUUCUUAUAGAAAAGCAUACAGAAUCGUAAGCCUUAAAUGUAUUAUUGUUUAAUACUGGGACACAGAUUCAUCAGUUCUGUCAUGAUUUGUUUUUAAGGUUUAGGAAUUCCUACUUCCUGUCAAAAUAAUUAAAGAAAAGGUGUGUCAAUUCGAUUUGUACUGGGGUUUAGAUCCAAAGGUAAAUGGUUUAAUAAACAGAUUCAAGUUCAAUAUGUUGACUCCUUUAGUAUACUGUAGUUCUUGAUUAAUUCUGUCCGCGUAUAGAGGGUCAUAUUUUGUCAUAUUGGAGUAUUCAUUUAAGGCCGUUGCGUUGUCUUUUUUCUUUUCUGAAUCUUUUUGCUAGAAACAUGACAUGUCAAUAUUUAAACCACUUUACUAUCCAGUAGAUAAUGAUUUAUUUAUAUUUUGUUUGUAAAUAAGUCACAAUCAUGAAGUCAGAUACAUGUGCAUUCAGAACUGUGUACUAGUGUAAUUUAUGCUUUUCAUGCUAAGCCAAAAAAUGUAAAAACUGUGUUUUAAUGUACAUUUAUAAUAAAACAAUGUCAAUGUGUA